CCGGCCCGGUAUCCGGGUAAGAUGGCCGCAGUCGGAGAGUGCUCGCUCCCCGCUCCGUGGCGGCCGGUCUCCCUCACUCACGUCGAGUAUCCCGCAGGUGAUUUCUCUGGUCAGCUUUUAGCUUAUUUGAGUCUUGGUCCAAUAUUCAUUAUUGUUGGCUUUGUAACACUCAUCAUAUUCAAGAGAGAGCUUCACACGAUCUCUUUCUUGGGAGGGCUGGCUUUCAACGAGGGAGUGAACUGGUUAAUAAAAAAUGUUAUCCGGGAGCCACGGCCCUGUGAAGAAGCCCAUUCAACAGUGACCACAAAAUAUGGGAUGCCGUCCAGCCACUCCCAGUUCAUGUGGUUUUUCUCUGUCUAUUCAUUUCUGUUCCUUUAUUUAAGAAUGCACCAAACAAACAAUGCGAGGUUUCUGGAUUUACUAUGGCGACAUGUGCUGUCCAUCUGCCUCGUCACAGUGGCUUUGCUAGUCUCAUAUAGUAGGGUUUAUUUGCUUUACCACACCUGGAGCCAAGUCUUAUAUGGAGGUGUGGCAGGAAGCGUUAUGGCCAUAGCCUGGUUUGCCUUCACACAAGAGAUACUAACUCCUCUCUUCCCAAGGAUAGCUGCAUGGCCCAUUUCAGAGUUCUUUUUAAUCCGAGACACCAGCCUCAUUCCUAACAUCCUGUGGUUUGAAUAUACAGUCACAAGAGCAGAAGCAAGAAACAGACAGCGCAAGCUGGGUACGAAGCUCCAGUGACUCAGGAGGUGUGGGGACCAGAGUGUGCGUUUUAACAGAGACAGACAAGAGCAGAGACCUGGGAGCAGCGAGGAGCCUUUAAACAGACGGACCAAAGGAACAGGCAGGGACCAUACCCAAAACCUGAAAGCCUUUGCUCUGCUUUAGCAGCUAGCUGGAUGCUCCCUGAUGCAUGUGGGACCGUGCAGGAGUAGAAACUCAUUUUCAACACAGAUGCACAUUGCCGGUUGGAAUGUACCAUCAUGUCUACGUCAGGGGAAAGGGGUGAAAAUGCCUGGUGUCAUGUUUGGGGGAGGGAAAACCAAAAAUGAAUCAUUUCUGUGACUUUUUUCUUUUUUUUUUUUUUU